CCUGUCGUCUGAUCUGCUCCAGGCGGGGUCAGCUCGCUGCUUCAGGUCCCAGAGGCUCCACUUCCAAGCAGCUGCUGCCUGGCUCCUGUCUUGAUCUCAUGCAGGCUCUCUUGGCUGCAUUCUAUCUGAACUCUGGCUCAACCUGUCUGGGUGUCAGGCUGACCCCCUUAACUUUCCACUGGGGUUGAUUAGGGCUCCAUACUUAAUGUCUGUCGAUGGCUAAGUUCAACUUUGCCUUUGGGAAUUCUGUCCCAAGCAAAGAAGAGUGGGGAUCCCAAGGGAGCCCUUUUGUGCCUUCUGCCUAACUGGGUGAGAAUGCCAUCCUGGGGCUCAAAGAGGUUGGCUGAAAAGGCAGUACCGUCCUCCAUGCCCCAGGGAUGUGGCUGUUGGUCUGUGCGUUCACCCGUCAGUAAAGCAGCUCUGCCUGGGUCUGUAUGCGGUGGAUGUCAGCGCGGCAGUGAGGCUCCAUGUGGGUGUUGGGAGCCUAUUUCUGUGUGCCUGUGUGUCAGCUCUUCUGUCUGUGUCUCCGGUCUGCCUGGAGAUGCCAGUGUGGGUGGGUAUAUCCCUUUGUGUCUCUGAGCCCUGAGGGUGGAGGCUUGAGCAGCUGCAGGUUGCAACUGGGAAAUCCAAGUCAGAGAGAGUUGGUGGGUGUGCGGCUGGAAGGGACUGGAAGAGAACGAGCAAGCGACUGGUGUGGGGGAAGAGGGGGUCUCCAGCAGCAGAGUGCAGCGGGAGGAGGAAGGCGUGGGAGGAAGCAGGUCAGAGUGCUGCCGACCCGGCUCAGCCAGCCCUUGCCGGGCCUGGCUGUGCUCGCUCAACUUGGCACCAGCUACUGGCAGCUUGGCACCCAUGCGACCUUCCAUAAGGGAAUGAAUGGUCAGGUCGGGGCAGGGAAAGGGGAGACCCGAGCAGGCGCUGCUAAGGGAUGGCGGGAAGGUUCAGAGCCCGGGAAAGCAUUCUAGAAUCCUCAUCAGAGACCAGAGGCGAAAGACAGCGAUGAUGAAGAGGAGGUGGUCCACGUGGAUCGAGACCACUUUAUGGAUGAGUUCUUUGAACAGGUGGAAGAGAUCCGAGGCUGCAUCGAGAAACUGUCUGAGGACGUGGAGCAGGUGAAGAAACAGCACAGCGCCAUCCUCGCAGCCCCCAACCCGGAUGAGAAGACCAAACAGGAGCUGGAGGACCUCACGGCAGACAUCAAAAAGACCGCGAACAAGGUCCGGUCCAAGUUGAAAGCGAUCGAGCAAAGCAUUGAGCAGGAAGAGGGGCUGAAUCGUUCCUCCGCUGACCUGCGCAUCCGCAAGACUCAGCACUCUACUCUCUCGCGGAAGUUCGUGGAGGUAAUGACCGAGUAUAACGCAACCCAGUCCAAGUACCGGGACCGCUGCAAGGACCGCAUCCAGCGGCAGCUGGAGAUCACCGGCAGGACCACUACCAAUGAAGAACUGGAAGACAUGUUGGAAAGCGGGAAGCUGGCCAUCUUCACUGACGAUAUCAAAAUGGACUCGCAGAUGACAAAGCAGGCACUAAAUGAGAUUGAGACCAGGCACAAUGAGAUCAUCAAACUGGAGACCAGCAUCCGAGAGCUGCACGACAUGUUUGUGGACAUGGCCAUGCUCGUGGAGAGCCAGGUACAGGCUGCACCAGUCUGGGGGUCCCCACGAGCCCCAAGGAUGCCUUUUCUAGCCGACCCUCAUUCUCCCUUCUUCAUAUUCCCCCGUCUGCAGGGCGAGAUGAUUGACCGCAUCGAAUACAAUGUGGAACAUUCCGUGGACUAUGUGGAACGAGCUGUGUCCGACACCAAGAAAGCUGUGAAAUAUCAGAGCAAGGCGAGGAGGAAGAAAAUCAUGAUCAUCAUUUGCUGUGUGGUGCUGGGGGUGGUCUUGGCGUCAUCCAUUGGGGGGACCCUGGGCUUGUAGGCCCCUACCCUUCUCUUCCCUCAGUCCCUCUCCACUCAUUGGGAGCAAUCCCCGCCCCUCACUCUCCCCUGCUCCGAGCUCACUCCCAAAACAGACCCAGGCAGUUUCAGCUCCUGCCACCCUCACGCACACCCUGGAGUCCCUGGCUCUGACUUUGCCAUGGAUCCCCCCUCCACCUUGCCGCACAUAGAUAACAGCAGGCGUGAUCACACAUGCACACCAACAUGCAUGCCGCGGGCACAUGCUCAAGACGUGUGGACACCCCAGCGUGUAUGUACUUGUGUAGAUGUAUGUAGAUCCCCUGAACCUCUUUCUGCCACCUCCAUCCUGUGUGGUCUGAACUUCCCUCUCUCCCGUUGCUGUGCAGACUGUGGCCGAGUAGAACACAGCAGCCCGCCAUACCAUAACCUGUCUUCUGUGAACAGACACGUGUAGUGCAGGUGUGUGUGUGUGCAUAGAUCUGUGGCCAUACAAUGUGUGUACAUGGAGUUUUCUAAGUGUGAAAACCCAGUGCAAAAGCAAUUCCUCC